GAGGCUGCUAUUAAUGGGAUUGCUAAGAUGCAUGUCGAUUCGGUCUAUUGAUCUUGAUCCACCUCCUAUUCAGUUGACGUUUAUUGAAGAAAAGGGUGUCACCAUCUGCCAGCAAAGCAGCUUGGGGGAGUGGAUACCCGUGAAGUUUCUCGUGUUGCUCUUGAGCUUGGUUCAUGAGCUUGAAAUUGUGCAGCUAAGCACUGAUAAUUACUUUAAAGCAGAACUUAAAGCUGGUUCAAAAGCCGAGUUGAAUGCCUUAGUACAUACGAUCUGUCAUGUUGCUGAAAAAUUUGCUAACGUUUUACUAAUCAUAUUGGAUAAGUUGAUCUCUUAUUCUGAAUCGUCUUGUUCAAUAUUCUGGUCUCAUGCUGCAGUGGACACUAGACUACCUGGUUCUGUAACUGGAAAGUUAGGGGGCCCUAGUCGACGGAGACUAUCUUCUCCUGUGACAGCUCUUGUCUUGCAAGCUGUAUUCUCUCUUUGCUUUUGUACUCUCUUUAUUUGUUGAUAAUUUUGCUUUUUAUACUCUAUGGUGCAUAUUUUCUAUGCUUUUGCAUUUGCACCCUCCCAUGCUGUCUCCCCGUAGGGUGCGUGUUUUAUCUACCCUGGAAAGUUUGUUUAGUAAGCUAGUUGUCAACCUUUUAUUGCAUGGAUCUCGGCAAUUAAACCCUUAUCUGGCAAGUAUCUUUGAGACUUUGACUACAUGAGAAAAGAGAUUAAAAGGACAUGUGCUUGUUGUGCAAUGUCAAAGUCUACCAAAUGCAACUGAUAGUUCUAUCCACAUCAGAGUAAGAGAUUUAUAUGCAAAUUCUGUUGGUAAUUUGGGUUGUGGAUACCGCAGCUCAUGUUUGUCUAUUAUCUGGUCAAAGUGUGUGGUGAUUAUGUGCUUGUGCAGCUUAAGGUUUCAUUGCUAUUGCUUAACUCAUCAUAAGGUUCAUAGUCUUGUGAAGGUUCAGCAUCUAAUUCCUUUUCUCGAUGUGUUGACAAAUUGUGUCUGUGAAAACUGUUGCAACUGUCUCAUCAUGGUGCAAACAUCUCAAAGACAGUGCUAGACUCAAUAUUGCUUGCAGUUUCUUCUGGAAAUUCUUUGACAAGGUUGUUUCCUCAGCCAUCAGUGACUCUGAGACUAGUGCGGAGAUUUAUCUGGCUGCUUAUGAAGCUCUGAGUUUUGCUCUUAAAGCUUCUGUCCCCAUGAUUUCUUCUUCAGCUGUCAAUUGCAUUCAAGACAUGAGUAAUUCGUCAGAUCCAGUGGCGACAAAUAGGC